UAAUGAUCCAAUAAUUAAACAAAUGGGAUUGCAUCCUAGAACCAAUUCUCAAGAAUAAUGUCUACAUGUAAAAUACUUUAUUAAAUUUUAAGUGCAGGUUUAUAUUUAGCUGAUAUUCAUUGUGCAUUAAGUUUAGAUCUAUUAUAAUCUUUAUAAAUUGGCGCAUUAUUAAGUGUGAUUGAUGAACCAAAAAUAGAUGCCUCAGCUUAUAUUAUACAUGAAGUAAUUAAUAUUCCAGAUUGCACUUAAUAAAAUAUUUAGGAUUAUUUUCCAUAAACAAAUCAAUUUAUUGAAUAACAUCGAUAACAUACUAAUGUAAUGGUUCAUUGUUUUGCUGGUAUCUCUAGAAGUGCAUCUGUGAUUAUUGCUUAUUUAAUGUUUAAAUUUUAAUGGGGAUUUUAAACAGCCUUAAAUUAUGUUGUUUCAAAAAGACCGUAAGUUAAACCUAACUUUGGUUUUAUUUAGUAAUUGAUCUAAUACGAAAAACAAAACAAAAUUAGAUAAUCCUCAUAGAAGCAUCAAGUUCAAGGUUCAAUUUCUAAUAAAACUGAAAAAAACUUAUCUUAAUCUGAUAGCAAAAGCAAUAGAUAAUAAUUAAACUCCAAACUAGAUUUGAAUUAAUUAGAAGUUGAAAUAGCAUAAAGAUAGUAGGAGUUAUAAAUUCUUAAACUUCAAUAUUAAUAAUUGAAUGAAAAAAUUAUUAGUAGAAACACAAAAAAUAUAGAAUCUUUAUAGUGA